AUGAACCCGAUCAUUGGCAUCGCGCAUCGUCCAGAGACGCCAAAACCUGACCCGCCGAUUCCAAAUGAGCCAGACAAUGGCGAAGGCGAUGGUCAGAGACUACCAUCAGGCAUGAUGCAGAUUGAGUAUGAGUAUUGA